GGCGGUUAGCCGAAAAAAAACGGCCGUAAGGGCACCCCGUUCGGGGUGCAGGGAUUGGUUCCUUGAUUUGUCCCCCCAUUCGGGGGGAACCCUCCAACUGCGAGUAAGCCAAGGAGUUUGGAGGAGUCUUUUUACAGCGCCCCCUAUAUGUCGGGGGACAGCAGUAAACUGGGCUUCCGGGACAGGAUCCGGAUGAACAACUCCCGCUCGGCGCAGGUGAUCCGGAACAAGGCAUCGCCCCAGGCGCCCGGCCUGGCCGUGAGGCACUCGCCCAACCAGGAGAACGUCCCUGAGGCGGCCAGCCCCGGGUAGGUGCAGAAGAGCUGGAGCUUCAAUGACCGCACUCGCGUUCGGACCUCGCUGCGGCUCAAAGCAAGGCCUCCCGUUGACGUGGAGGGUCUGGGAGAGGACAGCGUGGACGACAGAGGCUACUGCGACAUUGCCAUGGACGAGGUCAUUCCCGCCGUCAAGACGCUCAUACGAGCCGUCAGGAUUUUGAAGUUCCUGGUGGCCAAGAGAAAGUUCAAGGAGACGCUGCGUCCGUACGACGUGAAGGACGUCAUCGAGCAGUACUCGGCGGGACACCUGGACAUGCUGGGCCGUAUCAAGAGCCUGCAGAUGCGGGUGGACCAGAUCAUCGGGCGAGGCGCCGUCCAGGCCGAUAAGAAGGCACGACCAGAAAAGGGCGAGAAGACGCCGCCGGAACUGGAGUCUCUGGAUGAGCUGAGCAUGAUGGGACGUGUGGUCAAAGUGGAGAAACAGAUUCAGUCCAUCGAGAAGUCUUUUUUUAUUUUCAAUGCCUUUACAAUCAUACAUUCUAUGCACAUACACUGGUCUAAACAUGGUAUUCAGAUGAAUUUUACCUUUGUGGAAUAUGAAUUAUGCAGAAAAUCUCACUUGUUUUUAUCCAAAUCAGGGGGCUAACAUUUUGUACUUGCUAUUGACCGAACAGUACAUCACAGUUUCUGUGAGGACAAAAUUUCUGGUUCUGUCACAGUCCACCGGAAGCAGAAAUUGCUUUCACAUCGCGCAGCUGUAACUUGGGCCGAUCACAAGUGCUGCUUAACUUGUUAAACUAAAUGAAGAGAUGCCUCCGUGCAAUACUCAGAGUAAGAUGACGUUGUGUAAAGGAAGUGGCAUGAUUUAUAGAAGCUAAUGGAGUGCUGUGUCUGUCUCCUAAAUACAAUAAGAUCUUUUUAAAUGGCUUUUCAAUUUUUCUUGCAGGGAAAAAUGUACAUCUAUAUAUCUACUGUAUAUCUAUAAAAAAAAUCCUCGUCUCACCCCUCAGGUGGUGUCCAUCCCUCAUUCAGCUGGGGUCCUCUACCAGAGGCCAGGAAGCUUGAGGGUUCUGCGCAGUAUCCUUGCUGUUCCCAGCACUGCACAUUUCUGGACUGAGAUGUCCGAUGUUGUUCCCGGGAUCUGUUGC